ACCGUUUGGCUUUCUCCACUAGCAAACAGCCCCACAAUGCACCUCAUUCGCUCUUAAAUAUGUGUUUUUAACCCGUUUUAGCUUCCACGCCGUUAUAAACGGAACCGGACGAUUGUUUGGGAAUUUAUCUCGCCGCUGGGCGUCUCGGAGCGGGUUUAUAACGCUUUAUUAGCGCUCGGGUUUGAAAAAUAGCCGAGGAGGAGGAAAUUCCACACAGGCAGCACAGCACAGAAAGCUCCUCUGUGUCGCUCCGUUUAUUCAAACAGAAGAGAUUCUGUGCGGAGGUCUGAGGUCCUGACAAGACCUGAUCACAUGGUACUUAGACACUCGGACAGGACCCUUAUACAAUAUUUGCUUUGUGGAAAAGAGUUAAUACUGAGGCUUGUGUCCUGUGUGUACUGACCUCAUGGUGUAAGCAGGUGUAAAGAUGAGCAUAAGCAGUGAUGAGGUCAACUUUCUUGUGUACAGAUACCUACAGGAGUCAGGGUUUUCCCAUUCAGCUUUCACGUUUGGCAUAGAGAGCCAUAUCAGCCAGUCCAACAUCAACGGAGCCCUAGUGCCCCCUGCUGCCCUCAUUUCCAUCAUCCAGAAGGGCCUGCAGUAUGUGGAGGCAGAAGUCAGUAUCAACGAGGAUGGUACACUGUUUGAUGGCCGGCCGAUCGAGUCCCUGUCUCUCAUCGAUGCUGUGAUGCCCGACGUAGUGCAGACGCGCCAGCAGGCCUAUCGGGACAAACUCGCACAGCAGCAAGCGGCUUCCGCACCCCCGGCCUCCAGCACCAACAUGCAGGGCAAUGCCAAAAAUGGAGAGAACACCGCUAAUGGAGAGGAGAAUGGUGCACAUGCCUUACCUAAUAACCAUACGGACAUGAUGGAGGUGGAUGGAGAUGUUGAAAUUCCUCAAAAUAAAGCAAUGGUACUGAGGGGCCAUGAGUCAGAGGUGUUCAUCUGCGCCUGGAACCCCGUCAGCGACCUGCUCGCUUCUGGGUCUGGGGAUUCGACGGCUCGUAUAUGGAACCUGAGUGAGAACAGCACCACCAGCUCCACACAACUCGUGCUCAGGCACUGUAUACGAGAGGGAGGUCAGGACGUGCCCAGCAACAAAGACGUUACAUCAUUAGACUGGAAUAGCGAGGGUACGUUAUUAGCCACGGGCUCUUACGAUGGCUUUGCCAGGAUAUGGACAAAAGAUGGUAAUCUUGCUAGUACCCUGGGUCAGCAUAAAGGCCCUAUAUUUGCACUGAAAUGGAACAAAAAAGGAAAUUUUAUCCUUAGCGCUGGUGUAGAUAAGACAACGAUUAUUUGGGAUGCUCAAACGGGAGAGGCUAAGCAGCAGUUUCCAUUUCAUUCAGCACCUGCUUUGGAUGUGGACUGGCAGAGCAACAACACAUUUGCCUCAUGCAGCACGGACAUGUGCAUCCAUGUGUGUAAACUGGGCCAGGACCGACCCAUAAAGACAUUCCAAGGACACACAAAUGAAGUCAACGCAAUCAAAUGGGAUCCAACUGGUAACUUGCUGGCAUCCUGUUCUGAUGACAUGACGCUGAAGAUCUGGAGUAUGAAGCAGGACUCGUGUGUUCAUGACUUACAAGCUCACAGCAAAGAAAUUUACACUAUAAAAUGGAGCCCAACUGGACCGGGCACAAACAAUCCCAAUGCCAAUCUCAUGCUCGCCAGUGCAUCCUUCGACUCCACUGUUCGGCUAUGGGACGUAGAUCGAGGCAUCUGCAUCCACACGUUAACCAAACACCAGGAACCAGUGUACAGUGUCGCCUUCAGCCCUGACGGCCGCCAUCUGGCCAGCGGCUCCUUCGACAAGUGUGUACAUAUCUGGAACACGCAGACUGGUGCUUUAGUUCAUAGCUACAGGGGGACAGGGGGCAUUUUUGAAGUGUGCUGGAAUGCAGCUGGUGACAAAGUGGGUGCAAGUGCAUCGGAUGGCUCUGUUUGUGUAUUAGACCUGAGGAAAUAACGCUGCCUGUUGGAAGCCAUGGACCGACUAUGAAUGUGUACAUAGCCAAAAUGACUGUCCCUGCCCCAUGUACUGCUACAAUCCCUAUUGUACCAUGGCCAGCCACUACAGACAGGAGGAAUAAAACUGGCAUCCUGACACAGCAGACAAAGCAUAGUGGAAGUGAUUCCAACCAGAGACAUAAAAAGGGACUUUUGUAAGUAACGUUGGUGGGGUAAAUUCAAAAGAAGAAAAGAAAAAAAUGGACUGGUAUAUUUACCAAAUUUGGAAGAUAUUUUACUAUUUGUUCUUCGAACCAAUCUCAUCAAAAUAAACAAGCGAAAAGAUUUUAA